AUGUCCACUUCAAAGCCAUCGUCGAGCGAAGACAUCGUCGGACAAAAGCUCUCCACAUGCAAUCUGGCAUUGAAUAAUGAACCUGCAGGACGAACAUGGCCAAUCGCUCUGUCUACCGGCUUUGGCGCAGGUGCCGCAUACGCCGACUGCGACCGAUCAUUCAACCCCGCUAGAAUACCGGGAACGCGCAUUAUUUCUCAAACCGAGCUAGAGAAGACAGCAGCACCCUCUUCGUCGUGA